CGCCAGGGAAGGGAGCCAGGUGGCAGCGCCCGUCCGGCUACGCCGCUCGCUGCACCCGAGACCCGCAGCCCGGACUCGAUGGAGGAAGUAUUCUGGAUGGAUGGCUGUUGGAAACCCACUGUCAUAACCAGCUCUUCUUCAACACUUAAGGAUUUAUCCUGGCAUUGAGUAAUGAGAAUUUCGAAACCAUAUUUGAGAAGUACUUCCAUCCAGUGCUACUUGUGUUUACUUCUGAACAGCCAUUUUUUAACUGAAGCUUGCAUUCAUGUCUUCAUUUUGGGCUGUAUCAGUGCAGCUCUUCCUAAAACAGAGGCAAACUGGCAGUAUGUAAUAAGUGAUUUGAAAUUAAUUGACAAGCUUAUUCAAUCCAUACAUAUUGAUGCCACUUUGUAUACUGAAAGUGAUGUUCGUCCCAAUUGCAAAGUAACAGCGAUGAAGUGCUUUCUCCUGGAGUUACAUGUUAUUUCGGUUGAGUCCAAAAAUGAAACCAUUAAGGAAACAGUAGAAAACAUCAUUAUCCUAGCAAACAGCGGUUUACCUUCCAAUGGGAAUAUAACUGAAACGGGAUGCAAAGAAUGCGAGGAACUGGAGGAAAAAAGCAUUCAAGAGUUUCUGCAGAGUUUUGUACAUAUUGUACAAAUGUUCAUCAACUCUUCUUAAUUGUCAUUGAUCUCCUUCAGCACUUCUGCUGUUAACAAAGAUCUUCCUGUGGCUUAGAGGCAGUGAAACUCUGCAUUUCACUUGUGCUGCCAAACAGAUUUUUUAACCAAGAGGAUGAUCCGGAAUCUUGGAUCGCACGAACUUUCAGGAAUGAAGGCAGAAAAAUGUCAUUGAGUAACAUGGAGUCUAUGAACUGUCUUCAUAGUUGUUUCAUUCAUUUAUUCUUAAUUUAUUACUGAAAUUGUACAUAUUUGUAGCAUACUAUAAAGUAUUGAAUAAAGUUGUGCCUAUACUUUA